AGUUUUCUUGUAUUUUCAGAUCUUUUAAAAAAUCUAAACAAUUUUAUUUAAAACAGAUACAGUUUAGAUUUAUACAUUUAUAGGAGGAAGUAUAUUGUGAUUAUUGGUUGUUUAUUGAUAGAGACUAGUUUCGGUUUCGUUUUAGCAUAACAAACAAUGGCAGAAGGAGGCAAUGUUGUGGACCCGCAGAGGAUAAAUCUACGAUUUAGAGAAGAAGCUGUUGAUACCAUUGAUGAAGGGCCAGCCUUUAGUUUUUCCGGUCAGUCAGCUCCACGUCUUGUGAUUGCAAUUGAUUUUGGCACCUACGCUAGCGGCUACGCACUGCAAUGGCGUUCAGAUUUUACCAACGAUCGCCUGAAAAUCCACUGUAACACCAAAUGGACGUCUGGUGGGUUUUGCACCUACAAGACGCCAACAUGCCUGUUGUUAAAGCCGGACGAAAGUAUUGCAGAAUUCGGGUACCAGGCAGAAUCCAAAUUCAGCAUGCUUGGGGCAGAAGAUGAAAACGAAAAACCAGAGGACUGGUACUUUUUCCGUCACUUUAAAAUGAUGCUAUAUCACAGAGAGAAUGUAGGAGAUGAUACGCCCGUAGAAGCAGCACAUGGGAAGCACCUGCCCGUCAUAGAAGUUUUCUCAAAGUCUAUCGAAUAUAUGAAAGACCACGUCAUUGACCAUUUGAGACAAAAUGGCAUCACCUACCCGGAAGCGGAAACAAAGUGGGUCAUCACAGUUCCCGCCAUUUGGAAUGACCCGGCUAAACAUGUGAUGAGACGUGCAGCAGAAAAGGCUGGGAUAAUUGGCACAAACUUAUCAAUAGCUUUGGAACCAGAAUGUGCCGCCAUAUACUGCAGCCAGCUGCCGGUGAAUCAGCUUGAGAUACAAGGAGAUAGCGGGAAACUGAAGUACGUGGCUGCACCAGAUUCUACCAUUAUGGUUGUCGAUUUGGGAGGUGGAACUGUAGAUAUCACGACAGUGCAAAUCAACAAAGAUUCCACGAUGAAGCAAGUGUACAUGUCAGGUGGUGGACCUUGGGGCGGGAUGAAGGUUGACGAACAAUUUAUGAUGUUGCUAAGGAAUAUAGUAGGUCCUGAGGUGAUGCAAAAAUUUGUUCAAGAUAAUCCGAUGGAUGAAUAUGACCUGAGGAUGGACUUUGAAAGCCGAAAAAGAGAGGUGAAACACUUUUCAGAACCGAACUCAAACGAACGUUUCAGAAUAAAACUACCACAAACGCUAAAAGAUCUCUGGGAGAAAACUGAAGAAAAGAAAGUUGUUGACAUAUUAAAAAGUAAAGAGAAGUUGAAAAAUAUCAAGUUCAUGAAUGGUCGACUAUCAUUUCAUCCAGAUGUAAUUCGAGCGUUCUUUCAAGAGACUGUGGAAGGGAUUCUUAAUUAUAUAGCUGAAGUAAUGAAGAACCCUGAGCAUGAUGGAAUAACCAUUGACUCGCUUAUUCUUGUUGGAGGAUUUGCUGAAUCAAACUUCGUUGUUCAAAGUUUGAGAGAAGGCUUGAAAGAUCGUGGCGUUCCAGUCGUCAGGCCCCAGUCGACAGAACUGGCUGUCUUAAAUGGUGCUGUACUUUUUGGACAGAAUGAAGAAAUUCUUACUUCAAGAAUCAUGAGAUACACAUACGGCGUCGCAAUGAUUAUGGAGUAUGACAAACAAAAACAUAAGAAAGAAGAGGUAUUUGAAAGUGACGGAAAAGAGUGGGCCAAUAACGUAUUUCGAAAGCAUGUCACUAAAGGCCAGGAGGUCAAACUAUGUCAGUGGGUCUCAGACAAAGAAUAUUAUCCUGCAGACGAAGAGCAAAAAUCGGCAACGGUUUUGAUAUUUUCUUCUGAUAAGAAAGACCCUAUUCACACUACCGAAUCUGGAUGUAAAUGCAUUGGAAGCCUGGAAGUGGAAUUUCCUGAUGCAAGCUCACCAGGUAAAGAAGGUAGACCGAGAAGCAGGAGAGCAGUUGAGGUUGCAAUGAGUUUUGGAGGAACAGAACUGAAGGUCAAGGCUAUUAGUAAGACUCUCGGAAAAGUGUAUAAGAAAAGUCUGAGAUUACAGUAAAUCUGUUUGUAAUAGGCGAAACAAACGUUGUAAUUUCUAACAAGGACAAAUUAGUUUUAGCACACGAAAAUGUAUAGUUAUACAUAAAUGUUCAGAACUAUUUUUAUUUUCCUUGUUCCUUCUCAAGGGAAGGAACACUUAGGUGAACAUGUCACACUUGACUGAGCAUGUAAUGGAUACAAGGGUAUCGUCAAAAGAAUCCGAUUUUCCGUAGGGCGCCGCCAUUCUGGACUCAUGCAUAUUCAUUACAAAUAGCCUCUAGCCCAAUAUGUUUUUACGCAUAAUCAGGCUUUAGUUCAGUCUAUAGUGCAAUACAACUACGUAAAAUGACAGAACAACAAGACACAAUAAUAAAGUUUAAAUCAUGUAAUUCCUGGAUUGAAUAUAUUAUAGUAAAGAAUAGAGAUUAAUGAAAUGAAUAUGCAUCAUCUAAAAAUAGACUCCCGCCAAAAAAAAAAUACGUAAUGAAAUUGUCCCUGGUCACGUGAUUUUUUUAGCUUCUAACGUUUCAGAUUUGCAAGUGCUUUCUUUUGCGUACAUUUUUACACUUCCUGAUUUGUUUUUCGAAUCGUAAAUGCAUGUAUGAAAUUUCUUUGUGUUAAGUGUGCAGGUACUCGCUGGUGUAGUCGCGUGAUGAAAAUAUCCGGAAGUGAAAUACAGACUGCAAGACAAAUGCUUCCAAAUAGCAUAAUAUGUACUGCACUUGCUUAUAUUAAAAAAAAACAACUUUGGGUUAUGAUAAAACUGUUAAUACUUAGAUUAGUUCUUAAAUAGUUAAGUUUGCACCAAAAAUGACAGAACAUAUUUUUCUCAUUGCAUUAUUAAACAUUUUUAACAUUAUGCAUAAUAUGUGUGUUAAAAACAAUAUCCCUUAAAAAAGAAUAUUUUAUAUGCGCUAGAAGGAACCUUUUGGUAAGCUAAAUCUUGUAUUAUCAUUAUUGUAGUUGCGAUCUGACUUAAGUGAAGUAUGAAAAUAGCUUACAUGUAUAAACAGCAGGUGUUAGUUUUUAAAUUUUUGUGAAUUUUUACAGUUCAAUAGUUAUAUUUUUAAGGUUUGUUAAAUUUAUUGUACAACGCCAUUUAUUAUGUCAUUGUAUAGAAAUAGGCGUUUAAUCAAAUUAAUCAGUUUCAGCUAAAAUACACUUGAUAUUUAAUACCAAUGUUAUAUUUGACAAACUUUGUAACACGUUUAGACAGGACUGGUUAUUCUGCAAAAUUUGAUAUUUGAGUCAUUCUAUAUUUUCGUCACAUUUUUGGGCUGGUAACUUUUGAAAAUUAACCAUCAUCAUUUGUUGUUUUCAUCUGAUGGAUUUAAUAAAUAGAUCAUAUCUCAAUGUAAAUUUAACUAAAUGCAAGCUUAAUACCUCUUCGUUUUACCAAAACAGAACAUAAUCUGAAGACAGAACCAACGUGUUUUCCCUCCUGUAACAAUAAUAUCAGUGACUGAUACUUUAUCAUAAGAUACAGUAAACACAUCCAGAUCAUAACAAUAUGACAGUUUGAGAUUUUUCUUUAUAGAAAAAAUAACAUCUACGUCCUAUAUGUAUCACAAAACAAAAUUACGAUGUAUUUCAGGUGAUAUUUUAAAAAAAACUUAUUUAUUUCAUAGUUAAAAUAUUAUUUGUACUUUUAAUUCGGUCAAUGGAUCAAAUUUCAACCAGUGCUUUUGUGAAAGGAAAAUCUGUAGUUCCUUAGUACUAAGGUUAUAGGGAUAAGAAGAUAAUAGUAAAAAUUAUAAUCGAAGAUAUCUACAAUGUUACAGCAGGGACAUAGGUGUAACAAGAAGGACACCUUUCUGUUAUGGCAGUGACAUUUAAACAGAAAACUAAGAAUAGUUACUAUGUUUAUUGAACAUAAAAAUAGAAUAAUUGCUCAACAAAUGUGAAACAUGUCCCGGACUGAAAAUAGAGAAAAUGUUUUUUAAAAAAGGUUAACAAUCUCGAGUUUUUUCAUAACUGCAAUAAUUAUGUGUUACGUCAAGGACACUUUCUGUUACAGAAGAGAAAUUUGACUAGAAAAGCUAGACAAAAUGUCCUUUUUUUAGAAAGUCAAACAAUAUUUUGAUUAGUUUUGAAAGAUAUAACCAUUCUGUAAAACAUAACAAACAAAAUUUAUGACCAUGUUUUAAAAACAUUUAAUAUAACUCUUCCAUAUACAUUGUUAUGUAACAGGAGUGAAAAAUAUGCAGAAGUAGUACGUUUAACACAAUUCUGUUGUAACAGAAAUCCGCAAAAUGAUAUCAGAUUGAAACGACAUCAACUGUAAAAAAAGAUACUUAUCUUGUUUAACUGUAAUUUAAUUAAUUAUAAUGAUUGUACAGGUAAAUAAAAAUGAUUACAAGAUGACAUGUUUUUUAUUGUAACACUAGUGACAUAUUACUAUCAUUAUAUUUUCCCAGAUUUACAUAGCACUCUUUUAAAAAAAAUACGUUUAAGUAAACUUUACAUACAAAGAUAGCAACCCACAACGACAAAUUCGUAUAUUCUACUAGUACAGAAACAUAGCGAGAUAACGAGAGAGACAGAGAAAUCUGGCUAACAUAGCCUAAACCGUCUAGUUCUUUAACAUGUCCGGUUACACGCAAAUCGGAUUCUCCUGGGAAGAACCAGUUACUGGACUCUUUGGUAGGUGGGGGACUCUCAAGAACAUCUCGGAGAGUUCGAGUACUCUGACCAUGAUACGAACGACUGAGCUUUGAAAUGACGAUUCAAAGCAUUACCUUUGGACUGCUGAGGAAGUACUCAUGGCGGUCGAAACUAAUGAACGAGUCAACGUUAAUGACAGGUAAUCAAGUUUCAACUUUGCAUCAACGCUGAAUCAACAUCAUGUGUCCAGCAAGAUAGCAUUAAAUGUUUAAGUAUGAUUAAUCUUCUUUUUAAUGAACAAGAAAGAAAAUUGAAUAACCAGCUCAAAUGCGCUUAACAAUCACCAUAUACUGCUUAUAUAUUUACCUUUUACCUCUUCAUGAUUUUGUAUGAAAGAUUACUCGAAAUGUUUUCAUUUGUUUUAUAAUAAAUGUGUGUUACUUAUUGCAAAUAUGUUUUCUUUAUAAAUUAAAGUCCAUCACUCCCUGAAGCUAAGUGAAAAUGUUGUUGUUUCUUUUCAAAUCUUUGUUCAUAUGAUGUUUCACAAGCUUUUUCAAAUACUCGUGAUUAAGGUCGUUUAUCAUACUUUGCCAUAACAUAUUUUAUCCAUCACAUGACCUUAAGUCUUGGAUAACGGCGAUAUGUUUACUUUGGAUAUGUUCAAAUUCAGCGUCUUGUUUUUCUCUUGUGCGUGUGCUAUUUCAAUGUUUGCCUUCUUCCGCCAAACCGUGUUAUGUUGUUCUGUUUCUUUCCAUGUUAUUCUGCAGGCUAUAGUUCUUCAGACAUUGAGCUUCCAUGUGUUACAAUUACCUUUUAUCUCUUUGGGCUCUAUAAUAUCAGAUGCAACUGUUGCAUUUAUUGUUUCUGGUUCAUCUGUAAACGGUUUUGGUUUAUACUUCCUGGAAUUUCUGAUGUAUCUGACACCACUCUCUGCUAGCCCAUCCAUGUGUUGUGUCAACUCUGUUUUCUGAUUUUCAGUCUUUUUAAAUGCAAGUACAAUGUAUAUUUGUCAUCUCUCUACUUGUUGUACAUCUUUUAAGUCCUAUGUCCGGGUUCUUCGUGCAUUAAGUUUAAGUGUCAACGGUGUUUGUUAGUGAUCUACAGGCAUAUUAAUCUGUUUAUACCUACUUCAGGAACUACUUUGUGUUCUCUAACUGAUUUUUUCUGCAAGAUAGUCUAAUUUUGAUCGUUAUUCUCACUGCUUGUUUAUGCAUGGCUUUUGUUUUGCCCGUACUGUAUCUUCUUGCACUUCUACAAAUACUGUUCGACCUGUAAUAUUUAUGGGUUUUUGAUCUUCAAGCUCUACUGACCCGUGUUACUACGCAGUCAUCUGCCGACUCACUGGGAAAAUCUUGUUCAUGUGUCUCCACCACUUGUGUACAUGAUGUCUUUCUAGGUUCUUGAUCUUCAUGCACUACUUUAUCAUUAGUCUUAAUUGGUUCAUCAUUUAACUUUAUGGGUUUAUAAUCAAUUACACUCGCCUAUGACCUGAAUCCGAAUUCAAUUGGAGGCAGAAACUUUUAUGUAGUUCAGCAUUUGACAUUACCAUGUCGUCUCCUGUAAAACUAUAUUAAUCAGUUAGUUUUUGACGUUAAUUUAGCAAAUUAGAUUAUUUAAGACUGCAAGUAACCUUUAAGAACACUUAUUUCAAUCAUUCAUCUAUAUGCCUGUCUGCCCCUUGUAUUAUACGUCACAGUUUAAUGGAAUGCUUCCGUACUGUUGUCAAUGUUGCGUAUUUAAACGAAAUUAAGAGUAUCUUUUCAGAUAUGCACUCAAACUAUAAAUGCAAAUUGUCAUUUACAUAACAUAAUGUUGUCUCUCCUGUAACAGUUACAUAAAACACCGAUAGUUUCCAUGCAUGUAAAGAUAACUUUUCUGAUUCAAAUUUUGAAAUAGUCAAAUACUCACUGGUUAUCAUAUUGUAAAUUCAGUUUGGUUCAGAUACAAUCAGUCGUAUAUUAUUCAUAUUUACAGACUGGACGUCUUUCCUGUUACUGCUCUGGACGUCUCUCCUGUUACAAUUUUGUUGUAAAUACAAUUUAAAUAGCAGACAUCCCAUUGUAAAAGUGAAACUUAACGGUUAUCUUAUAAGGAGGCAACACAUAUUCAAAUACAACUUAUAUACGUGAUAUUGAGGUGUAUAUCAGUUAAAAUAUAAACAGUUUUCUUUGCUGUCACACAACAUGUCUCUCCUGUAACAACAAAACUAAAUAUAUGGCAGGAGAAUUAAAGAUAUUAGUGCUAUGCUUGCUGAUGUAUGUUUUUAAUUUGGAUUAUGAAGUAAUUGAAACAAUGUUUGAAGUUAAUUAGAUCUACUCUUCAUAUAGUUUUAUUUUAUUCGUUGUUUUGCAAAUAAUUUCAUUACUGUAACAGUUUGCUUCUUUACUGUUAUAAAAAUGGCCGUUACAUGAGUGACUGUAACAGGAGUGAAUUAUUUUAAGAAUAAGAACAAUUAAAAUAAUAACAGAUCCCCUAAUGGAUGCCUCAUGUGCUUUUUUUAAAACCAUUCCAGUGGAUACACUUUCCUUCUAUUAAUGCAAAUUCAAGCCUUAUUCACUACAAUUAAUAAUUACUGUAACAGGAGAGAAGAGGAAUAAAAUUACGCAUCCACUUACCAACGUUGAAAUGUUAAUUCCUCUAUAAACAAAUUAAAAUGUAUCACAUGACACAUCACAUGUUAUGUGGAAAUGGAUACUCUUCAUACUGGAGGUAAUGCUUAGAUAAUAUUACAGAGGGAUCAGCUGUUAUUUUUAUCAAACAGCAGUCUGUUACAGGAAAGACAUAAAAGUCAGGUACAAACUUUGGUAUUAAUUUAAAGAACGAAUUAUUACCGGAUUUGUUGUUCUUUGUACUCUGUCACUUAGGACAUAUGUUAAAUAAAUUUUGAUGGUAUAGUGUUUAGCAAUAGAACUGAGAGGUUUCUGGAAAAACAGCUUCAAACAUCAAAAAUACAGCUAGGGACAGCACAAAACGUCAAUUUUACACGUUUCAACAUGCAAUUAAAUAUAUUAAUAACAUUAAUUGGGUAAAACAACUUGGAUAGGUAUGCAGAAUAAGUCCAAUAUUUUCACCCAAAACAGAUUUAAAAGUCAUACAUUCACACUUCUUCGAAAUAUUAUUCUUGGACAAAAAAUGUGACGAAAAUAUAGAAUGACUCAUUUACCUAAAUUAAAAACCUUUCCAACGCAACACUAUAUAUUUUGCCAAUAUUAAAUUUCGUGUAAUAUCCAUACUUCUUUAAUAAAUAAUAAGGUAUCAAGUUUGAAAAUAAAAACGCACUUAUGUAAUUGAUUAUCAUGUAAGUUUUUUUUCGCUAAAAUAUACCCAAAUAAAACAUUUGAGUUAG